AUGGGAUUUGCGGGGAUAUACACUGCCAUAUACGACUAUAAGCCACAAGCGGACAAUGAACUUGAAAUAUCUGAAGGAGAUAUUCUCUUUAUCCUCGACAAAAAUUCCGACGAUGGCUGGUGGAAGGCAAAAAAGAAAGCUAUCGAGGAUGAGGAUGAGGAGCCAGUAGGGCUAGUGCCUAGUAAUUAUGUUGAACAGGCACGCCCUAUUGCAUCCGCGCGUUCACUCUAUGACUAUACGCGGCAGACAGAUGAGGAAGUCUCUUUCUCGGACGAUGUGGAUGUUCAAGUGUUCGACACCUCGGAUCCAGACUGGACCUUAGUUCAAAUAAAAUCAGAGUAUGGAUUCGUUCCGUCAAAUUAUAUUGAAUUGUCGGAUGCUGGUCAACCUACUGUUGAAAGACCUCCACCGCUACUAUCACGGAAAGUGGAAAAUCAGGACACUGAAUCAGAAGGAAUCCUAACCCCUCGCUCCACCUCCAGCCCUGUUGAAAGCCCGGCGGCAGCGUUGGCUGGUAUUAUCCACAACCAACAGGAGUCUACUUCCUCAACAAGGACAAAGGCAGCUCCAGCUCGUUCUAUAGAACAGUCCCCCCUCACAACGUUAACGCCGCAAGGGUCAGAUGAAGAUGAUAACAACCCCCCCCCGGCGCUUCCCCAGCGAACUUUUUCUCCACCCGAAGAAAGCUCCCCCGCUACUCGUAGAGAAGUACCACUUCCUCGACCUCAAUAUUCAUCCCUAAAAGAGGAGACUUCUCCAGGUAUUAGGCCUUCUCCUCCAUAUAAUCGGAUCAAUGCCAGGGACCGCGAUGCCCAUAGCUCAUCGACCGUUUCUCCAUCUGGGUAUCAUAUAUACAACAUCAGCGAAAUGAUUUCAGUUAUGGGAAAGCGGAAAAAAAUGCCCACAACCCUUGGUAUCAAUGUUGCAGCGGGCACAAUUUUCAUUUCGCCUGAAAACUCAGAAGACGGUCCGCACCAGGAGUGGACCGCAAACCGGCUUUCACAUUACUCUAUUGAAGGCAAACACGUCUUUCUGGACCUUGUGCGGCCAAGCAAAAGUGUUGAUUUCCAUGCUGGUGCUAAAGAUACGGCUCAAGAAAUUGUAUCUGCUUUAGGAGAGAUCUCAGGGGGUUACAAAGCUGAAGGGCUAAAAGAAGUCAUCGCAGCGGGCAAUACGGGUGGAAAAAAGAAGGGCCAAGUUUUAUAUGACUUUAUGGCCCAAGGGGACGAUGAGGUUACGGUCGCGAUUGGCGAUGAAGUUAUCAUUAUUGAUGACACAAAGUCGGAAGAAUGGUGGAUGGUGAGGCGUAUAAAGAAUGGCCAAGAAGGAGUUGUUCCAAGUAGCUAUAUUGAAAUUAUUGGUGUCGCUACCCCUGCAGAAUCAAGCCACUCAGGUAUCAAUGCUGGUCUUUCAACCGUUGAACAGAAUCGACGUGAGGAAGCACUCUUGGCUAGAGAAUCUGCUCGUCGAGGUAGGACACAAGAUUCUGGUUCCGGAGAGGUAGGAUCUACCACAAAACUUCCUAACAGAGCCAGCAGCUUGUUUGCAAAUGAUAAUAACAAACACUCACAGCGUCAUAAACAUGAAAGCCGAUCUUCAAAACAAAAGCCAGAUCCUUCAAAAACAAGAAAGUGGACAGACCGAACUGGUACAUUCAAUGUUGUUGCUGAAUUUAUCGGCCUUACCGACGGAAAAAUACAUCUGCACAAACAAAACGGUGUAAAAAUUGCUGUUCCUGUUACAAAAAUGUCGAUUGAGGACCUGGAGUAUGUUGAAAGUGUUACCGGUGAAUCGUUAGAUGAGGAUAAACCCCUGUCCGACAUUCGACGUCGCAGCCAAAUGCCACAAGAGAAACAGAAAAUAGGUGCGUCUAUCAAAAAGGUGCCGGAUUACGAUUGGUUCGACUUCUUUUUGAAAGCCGGAGUUGGCCCUCAUCUUUGCGAGCGAUAUGCCCAAAACUUUUCAAAGGAUUCCAUGGACGAAGCAGUACUUCCGGAUAUUACAUCCGACACACUUCGGACCUUGGGACUUAAAGAGGGUGAUAUUCUACGGGUUAUGAGAUAUCUAGACGAGAAGUUUAACAGGAAGUCGAAGGCUCGUAACGUCAGUUUUGGCGGAGAAGAAGUAAUUAGCAACGAAGGGAAUGGAGGCUUAUUUUCGGGUCCUGGCGGCACUCUCCGCAACAAUACCCGCAAGGGUCGGCCUGCUCCUCCGGUGCAGGCUAACGACGUGGUCGACCCAACGGCUCUUAUAUUCAAAGACCUCUCGAAACCAUCGUCGCCAGACGUGAAAGAUUCUUCCCAGGCCCCUUCUCCUCCACAUGGCAAGGAAGAACCUCAAGGGUUUGAAGAUAGUGCUUGGGAAGUGAAUCAUCCCAAAGUUCUCUCAGCGAACCCUUCGAUUUCAACCACUGCCCAACCAGCUCUGGUGGGCGCUGUGGCAGAUCUUUCUCUUUUGCAGGAACCGUUACAACCGGCUAAAUCUUCAGCGCCGCCAUCCACCCUGCCACAUAUAUCUCAACCGCCGUCUCAGCCAGCACCUACUCAAAUUCCCCAGGUAACUGGUGCCAACCCUACCUUUUUUGCACAAUUGGGACAACCAACAGUUCCGAACGUCCCGCAGAUAACUGGGUUUACACAACCUCAGCAACAGUUCCCAAUGCUUCAAGGGCCAAUGCCUCCAAGGCAACGCCCCCAGCCCCCUCUAGCAAUGGGUCAAGGAUCACUUCUCCCACCGCCCCCACCCCCUCAACGGCCUUUGUCUGCCCCAAAUCAUCCAAGCAACCUUGGACCAGGUCCUUUGCAACCACAGCUUACUGGGUUUCCUCAAAGUGGCCCUCAGCUUGCUCCGCCAGGCCGUAGCUUGGCCGAUCUUAAUCAACAACGGUUUCAGCAAUCACAUUUGCAACCUCAGUCGACGGGGUAUGCCCCUUCAGGCUUUGGAAUAACCCAGUUCGAUGGUAAUCCAGGCCCAAUGACACAAGGCCCCUUCGCCAAUAGAGCUCAGGCUCCCGGAUUUCAGACAUUGACUCAAAACUCGACCAGCUUUCAUCCUACAUUUUCUUCACCGCCCACGCAACAACCUUUGACGACCGGAUCUAUCAACUCCAUCCUCCCACCGGCUCUUCAGCCCCAGCCAACAAAUGCGAACGGAUUCGGGGCUACUUCAACUUUCACACCUCCCCCACCGCCGCCAAUUCCAGAACUUUCGUCUGCACCAUUACAACCACAGAAGACUGGCCCAGCCCCUCCUGUCCGCUUUGGCGUACAUAAAGACACGAGGAAACUCACACCUCAACCCACGGGUCUCAAGGCGAAUCUCGCUCAAGCAACUCCCUCGAACCCUUUUGGCUUUUAG